AGCAUAGUAAGCAAUAUUUCAUAUAAAAUAGGAAUGCAGCAAUGAUGUCUGGGCGUUAUUAUAGGGCCACCCAGUUCGAGUUGAUAUUUAUUUGCUCUUUGGCACGAUGAGAUACUUCAUCAACACAUUGUUGAUUAGUAUAAUCACACCCAAUAACUAAUAACUUUUUACAACUUUUAAAGAGAUAACGCGUAUGUAUAGGUCAAAUGCUGCAUUAUGUGAGUCGUUGCUAGUAUUGUUCUAGAAGCAAGUUGCCAUGUUUGUUAAGAAUUUUGUAUUGUGGUUUGUGAUUUUGGUAGCAAGUGCACAAAAUUAUCCACCUUUAUUACCGGCAGGAUACACACCAUAUGGAUAUGGCUAUCCGUUUUACAGACAACCCUCAGCAUCAUAUUAUCAACCUCAAAUCCACCAGCAAUAUGGUGCUGGUAUACCUGAUACUUACGAGAACAAUCAGCCGGUAGAUAUUAUAGAUGUCAAUCCAGAUGUUUUUAGAGAAGAAAUGAGGAAGCUAGGAAUACUUCCAGAAUCAACGCAAGGAAAUUUUAAUAAUAUACAGCAUCAAUUUAACUAUGCAGACUACCAGAUUCCGCUUAAUAAUCCGCAUUUCAGCUAUCCACCAUUUGCUGUGGGACCACAACAGUAUCAGCCCAUCCAGUACGCUCAAACGGCACCGGCGCAGUUUUAUCCAGAUGCACCUCCAUAUGGAAUUUCAGAAUUAAGCAAUAUUCCUCAGAUGGCUUAUGCACCUUUCAACGUAUCUACCGAAAAUAUCCAGGCUCCAGAUCAACCUAGUGCUCCUUACACACAAAGUGCGUACCAAGUUCCAGCUCAAAUACCUCAAAUGCCACCAAUAGGACAUCUGCAGUCUGAGUUUACCUACAUUCCAACCUAUCAGAACAAAAAUCAAUCUCCAUCACCAUUCGCGAAGAAAAGGAGGCAUCGUCAUAGAUAUGUAAUAAAAAAAGACAGUUCCCAGAAUAAUGGAAACCAAAGCGAAUCUAGACUUAUAGACAAGCAUGAAAUACAAAGGAAGACUUACACUUUCCAGAAAACUUUUGUAGUAACACCCGAAAAAAGACCAAGUGGACCAAUAACAAUUAAUCUAGUGAACGGAAUCCCUGUUACAGAGCCUCAAGAAAUGACAACCACCGUACCAACAACAACUACUACGGAAGAUAAUGAAGUCCCAGAAGAUACCACCGGGUUUGUCAACCCCUUCAGUUUGAAGUGAUGUAUAGUAAUUACAUUAUAUAAGUUUGUUUAUUAGAAAACUAUUUUGGAAGUAGUUAGUGAACAGAAAAAAUAUAAUUUUGAUUACAUCUGAUUAAUGCUAAUCCUUGAUUUUGGUCCGGUUGAUGGAGAUAUUUUGCGCUACAAAAGUGAAUUUUAUUUUAAAUAUAGGACAGAAUGUAUUUUUUUUGCUACGCAACCAGUAUUGACCUCAUUAGCUUUUAACUCCAUAGGUCAAUAGUGUCAGUUUGAUAUGUCAAAAUCCAUCAAGUCGUUUGAACUGUAGCUCGUAAAAUAGAAUUUAUUGUUUACAUGUAUAGAUACCCACCUGCGCCAAACACACAGAUUUUUUAAGGUGAUGCACUUAUUGUAGCAUGCUGAAAUUUUCAUGGAUUGAAAUAGUUUUAACAAUUUAAUGAAUAAUGAAAUACUACCUCAAUUUUUUACCGCCUCCAAAGUUGAGGGAUGGAAGAGAUUUUUCACAAAAAAAUAAAUUCAAGAUUUUUUGCGUUGAUUUCUAAUUUGUUUAGUUAAAACGUGACAUAACUAUUGCUAAAACUAACCAUUUAGCUCAUCUCAAAAAAAACACAACCGUACACCUAAUGGUUUAGUUGUAAUUAUUGCCAUUGAAAGUUUAUUAUCCACUAUUAACACCCUGUAUAUGUUUGAUAUCUAUAACUUUUAGGCCCGUAUCGUCAGUCGUUCCUACAAUUGUAGGGCGCGUUUAUGGCCUCCUUGAUUGUCAUAGUCCUUUCUCUCCUUCAAAAAUUUCUAGAUUACACUUGUCCCGUGUCAGCGUCAGCGCUCUCCUAUUGUGAAUAUGUUUUCCUUUAAAAUUGUAGGAAAUUUCAGGCGGAUAAAACAUGAUAUAACUCAAAAGCAAGCACAAUUUGAUGCAAAUAGAUGUUUGUGACAUAACAUCAAAAUAGAGCGCUGACACGGAGAAGUAGAAAACUAUGACAAUCAAGGAGGCCAUAAAGGCGCCCUACAAUUCUAAGGACGACUGACGAUACGGGCCUUAAACACCUAAAUGGCACAUAGACCGUUUUGAACUUAAGGUCUUCACUCCCUUUUCUCUUCCAUACCCUUCCCCUCAAUGAGCAUGCACCAUGAGGAAGCUCCGCUGGUUAUCACCUUCGACAAUUGCUUCAAGUUGUCAGACAUCCAAGUUUGAGCAAUCCUGCAAUCAAAAACGCAACAAAAAUCAUCCAAGUUAAGUAUAAAAGGAACCGAAAAGAAGUGGCUGAUCGUCUCACCGAGACGUCACGCGACGCGUUGCUGGGCGUCAGCGUGAAGCGUCGUGCGUCGGCUUGAAGCGUCGGAGAAGUUGCCUGCGCGUAAUAAUAGAGAAUAAGAGUUCUUCUUUUUAAUAGCGGGAUCCUUGUACAUGGUUCGCGUAUAAUGAUCCCGUGAUUCAUUAACCGCACACCGGCUCAUUAAUAGGAGCUGAAAGCGCCACAAACAGUGGCGGAGAUGGAUAAUUUGAUUAAAAGAACUUGAGUCAUCUGGCCGUAUCAAAGCUUUGUUAUACUCAAAAAUUACUACACUAUAAUGAUAUAUGUACUAAUUUGGAAAGUGUAGUUCCAGCUCAAGUCAUCAAAUGCACAGACGCCGGACUAAGGGUCACAUGUACGAACGAUGCAGGAUUGAGUACCGUUUGGAGAAUGAGCCGUCCUUGGAUUUUACACAAAAAAUAAUGCACUCUUUAGGGACUUUCAAUGGAAGAUUAAACAUUUUCAUCUCCCAGUAGGCUGUAACAGUUAUCAUCACAGGCUGUCAUCGCUGUCAGAAAGAUUUUUCUCAUUUUGAUGAUACAUUUUCCACGUCUAAUUGUGCUAAAUUUUAGUGGGUAACGCAAAACACAGAUGAUAUGCCUUUUCGAUUUCACAGCGAAUAGCGAUUUUAUAUCAGACAUACUAGGCUAAAUGCACGCAACCAGUAUCGCAAUAAUCUGCAAUGCUUGUUGUGGAGCAUGCUUAACAGUUUGAGCGUAUUAUGCUGCAGUAAUUUUUGAAAUAUUUUGUCCACAAUCUCUACAUCUAUCGAAGGUCUUUUUUUUCAUAACAAGAAUAUAGUAUAUUAUAGAAAACGACAUUAUAAAGAUUGCAUUCAUUUGCCUAGGCUGUUGUUAUACAAUAAUUGAUCUAGUUACUUUUGUUUAAUGUUUUCUAGUCUUUGCAUGUUCUUUCCACUCUGUUGUUCUCAUUAUGGAUCUUUGUAUCUUAAUAUUCUAUUCCAAGCACGGCCUUUAAAAUAGAGUAGCUGCUUGAUUGUUUUAUUAGUAUCUAUUUCUUUUAACUUGUUCAGUAUUGGUACUAAUAACAUCUUCUACCCUUUGACUUUUUUAAUUCAUUGUUACUCAUUAUCCAUCCUGGAUUAUAUCAAAAAUGUACGAUUGAAUAAUAAAGCAGUAAGUGUAUACC